GGUGCCCAGGGUGCUCAAGGGUAUCCUGGGGAACUGGGACCACAGGGCCCUCCAGGACCUCUGGGCAUGCCAGGGAAAGCAGGACCUCCUGGACCUAAGGGUGACACAGGGUUAACUGGACCCCCUGGACCACCAGGAACUGUUAUUGUGACAUUGAGUGGACCAGACAACAUGACGGACUUGAAAGGAGAGAAAGGAGAAAAAGGAUCAAGAGGACUUCCAGGACCAAUGGGGUUUUCAGGACCAGCUGGUGAUUCUCAAAGUGAAAAGGGUGAUCGAGGAGAACCUGGAGCAGAGGGUAAACCUGGAAAAGAAGGUGCCCCAGGUCCCCCAGGCUUACCGAAAGACUUUGCAGAAGGAGAACAAAUCAGAGUAUCCUACACUUGUGCUAUCCAGAUUGUCUCCACCUUGGGGGUGUUGGAGUGUGCUGUAAUAAAGGCAGGUCCCCAGGGUCCUCCUGGAGGUGCUGGUAGACCAGGUGUGUCAAGGCCUGGUCUGAGAGGUCCCCCAGGAUUUCCUGGGCCAAAAGGAACAAAAGGAGAGAAAGGACAAACUGGGCUGUGUAUCGUAGGCCCUCCAGGACUGCCUGGUGUUACUGGCAGACCUGGUUCUGCUGGAUUACCAGGUCCUCCAGGAGAACCAGAGCCAGGCUGUGCAGGACCUCCAGGACCUCCAGGAGAUACUGGCAUCAAAGGUCAGUUGCAGCAAACUGUCGCUCAGAAGUGGAUGGUACAUUCCAGUAAUCUUCAUGGAUCUUUGGAUACUUCUAAUUUAAUUUACCUCGUGAUGAUGCCUGUGCGUGCACGGAUUGCAGCUAUAUUCCGGGAAUACCUGGCCUUCCUGGUUCUCCUGGGCCUCGUGGUCAGGAUGGCAUGCCGGGCUUUAGAGGAGAUCAAGGAUAUAAAGGAUCAAAAGGUGAGCCAGGAUAUGUGCAUCCAGAAGGGCCAAGAGGUGAGAGAGGAGAUCCAGGAGCCAGGGGAGACCAAGGAAGAAGAGGUUCAAGUGGAUAUCUGGGAAGACCUGGUGCCAAAGGAUCCAAGGGUUCUAAAGGGAUUGGCUGGUUCCAAAGGAGAUCGAGGACUGCCUGGAUUACCUGGGAGACUUGGGCCUCCUGGAGAAAUGGGACUUCCUGGACUGCCAGGAUAUGGACCACAAGGCAUCAGAGGUUUUAAAGGCUCUAAAGGAAUACCUGGUCCACCUGGAUUACCUGGAGCAGCUGGUCUGAAGGGAGAGACAAGCAGGGCAACUCCAUUACCUGCGCUGCCAGGACCUCAAGGACCAGAUGGUUUACCAGGCCCCCCAGGAGUGCCUGGUAGAGUUGGAGCAAGAGGUCAGCCAGGUGAUUCAGGACAUUUAGGGCCAACAGGUGACACAGGAUUUCCAGGGCUUGGCUUUCCUGGAAACCCUGGUCCAAAAGGAGAUAAAGGACUUGCAGGAGGCAGAGGAUCACCAGGUUGUGAAGGAAAGAUUGGAGAUCCAGGCCGGGCUGGAAACCUAGGACAACCAGGAGAAAAGGGUGACCCAGGCAUGAUUAUUCCUGGAGAGCCAGGUAGAUUGGGCUCACCAGGAGGUCAUGGUAUUCCUGGCUCAAAAGGUGAAGAUGGACUUCCAGGCCUCCCAGGCCUCUCAGGACAUCCUGGACAUGAUGGUGCCGAUGGCCUAAGAGGAGAUCGUGGCCCACCUGGAGUUCCUGGAGAUCCAGGUUUUCCAGGGAAACCUGCUGAAUGUCUUAUUGGCCUGCCAGGUUUGCCAGGUGGCCAAGGAGCUACAGGCCCACCAGGAGGAAGAGGUUCACAAGGUUCGAAAGGAAAACUGGGUCCUCCUGGUUUGAGUAUCCCAGGAAUCUACGGAAAGCCUGGGGAGCCUGGAUUAAUAGGUCUCCAGGGAAAUACAGGAUUACCUGGUCCCAAGGGGCAGUCUGGAAGACCAGGAAUCUCUGGUGUGCCAGGCUCAAGGGGAGAGCCAGGUAUAAUGGGCUUGUUAGGAGUUCCUGGACCCCUGGGCAUGGCUGGAAGAGCAGGCAGCCCGGGUAUCAGAGGUUCUUCUGGCUUUCCAGGAAUAAAGGGAAGAAAAGGGUUUCUUGGAGCAAAAGGCGAUUCAGGUGAUAAAGGUUUUCCUGGACCAUCUGAGACCUUGGUUGCUAUUGGGGAUAAAGGAGAACAAGGUUUAAAAGGAGUUCAAGGAAGAAUAGGUCUGAGGGGAGAAAAAGGAGAUGUUGGUGUGCAAGGUCCCUCAGGUCGUGAUGGCUCUGAAGGAAUUCCUGGUCUGCCAGGUAGCAAAGGAUUUAUGGGUCUUCCAGGGAUUCCUGGAGGCCAAGGAUUCCCAGGUGCACCAGGAGACAAAGGGGACAUGGGAAUUCCAGGUCCAAAAGGACAGAAAGGAUCACCAGGAUUUCCAGGACCAUCAGGCGACCCUGGUCCCCCAGGCUAUGGUGGCUUUCCAGGUGACAAAGGAGAUCCUGGGUUCCCAUCUGCUGGGCCUCCAGGAGAACCUGGACCUAAGGGAGAUCCAGGCCCCCCAGGAGUUCUGGGCAGCAAAGGAGAACAAGGAUCCCAAGGUCAUCCAGGGCAUACAGGAGUACCAGGAGCACAAGGGAUCAGAGGGGAAACAGGAGGUUCAGGAAUCUCAGGAAAGUGUGGACUCCCUGGAGAUCCUGGUGCUAAGGGACAGCAGGGCCCCCCAGGCCAGCAGGGUGUCCCAGGUCCUCCUGGAGCUGUUGGACAGCCUGGAAGAUAUGGACUUGUUGGUGAAAGAGGGAUUCAAGGUCAGGAUGGGAUGCCUGGUCCCCCGGGAGAAAAGGGAGAACUAGGAAUCAAAGGGGACAUGGGACUGCCUGGUUUUCCUGGGCCACCAGGUGCAAAAGGUCAUCAAGGAGAUCAAGGACCCACUGGACCCCCUGGCUUAGUGGGGUUCCCUGGAUUUCAGGGAGCAACAGGCAUGGCAAUUCCUGGCCAGAAAGGGAACAGAGGUGCUGCUGGUGCACGUGGAAGACCAGGUGCCCCUGGUUUCCCAGGGCUUCCUGGUCUUUCUACUCCCAGUGUGAAAGGAAGCAAAGGUGUCAGAGGGGCAGAUGGCAUACCAGGGCCAACAGGCCCAGCCGGCGACAUUGGUUCUCCUGGCCUAAAAGGAAUAGAAGGUCGAUCAGGCUAUCCUGGUGCUAGAGGUCAGCCUGGAUUUCCUGGAUUCCCAGGUGUAAAAGGAGAAAAGGGUAAUCAAGGACCCCCUGGACCACAAGGUGCAGAAGGACCAAGGGGACCAAAGGGGCAGCAUGGCCCACCUGGAGGCCCUGGGAGAAUAUUCUCCAUCCCAGGAAGCAAAGGUCCUCCUGGACUGCCGGGAAUCCCAGGAGCACCAGGUGAUCAAGGAGUUCAAGGGAUUCCUGGAAUACAAGGACCUAAAGGAGUAAAAGGUCUACCAGGAAGUUUUGGUCAUCCAGGACAUCCAGGACUGCCUGGUCCAAAAGGAGACAGGGGAUUUCCAGGACAAAGAGGACAGCCUGGACUGAUUGGCUUCCCAGGUCUGCAGGGGUUACCUGGCUCACCAGGUACUCUCCUUGCUGGUCCAACAAGAAGAGGUUUUAUCUUUACCCGGCACAGUCAGACAACAAAGAUUCCUUCAUGCCCACAUGGAACAUCCCAGAUCUAUGUUGGCUAUUCGCUGCUUUUUGUACAAGGAAAUGAACGAGCACAUGGACAAGACCUUGGAACAGCUGGUAGCUGCUUGCAGAGAUUUACCACCAUGCCAUUCCUAUUCUGUAGCACCAAUGAUGUUUGUAGCUUUGCCUCUCGCAAUGACUACUCAUACUGGCUGUCAACUGCUGUGGUGGUGCCAGUAGACAUGGCACCCAUUUCUGGCAGGGCAUUAGAGCCCCAUAUAAGCAGGUGUGUUGUCUGUGAAGGUGCUGCGAUGGUCCUAGCAGUUCACAGCCAAACGACUGUAGUUCCUGCGUGUCCAGAAGGCUGGAUAUCCCUCUGGAAGGGUUUUUCUUUUGUUAUGUAUACAAGCGCCGGCUCAGAAGCUUCUGGCCAAGCGUUGGCAUCUCCUGGAUCUUGUUUGGAAGAAUUUCGAGCUGUCCCAUUCAUAGAGUGCCAUGGCAGGGGAACGUGCAACUACUACACGAAUUCCUACAGCUUCUGGUUGGCAUCAUUAGAUCCAAGAAGAAUGUUCAGGAGACCUCUGCCACAGACUUUGAAAGCAGGAGAACUAGAAAACAUCAUCAGUCGUUGUCAGGUCUGCAUGAAGAGACCAAUCUAA